AUGUUCAGCCAGCAGUAUUUGUACGGUGUCUUCAUAUUUCUAAGCUUGGUCAUGAAGGUUAAUUCCUAUUUGGAAUUUACGAACGUAAAAUGUGAAGCGUUGGAUAAGGAAUUUUGUGGAUUUGAUUAUUGUAUUUUAAAAGCCGUGAACCGAUCGUACAAAUACGUUUCCUUAAAGGUAAAACUCUUUAGGACUCCCGUAACCAAAGUAAAGCUGAACCUUGGUCUCUAUAAACGCUUGAAUGGCUAUAAACCUUUCCUCUACAAUUUAACGAUAGACGCCUGCAAGUUCCUAAAAUUCCCGAAAUCCAAUCCCGUUGUUACCUUCUUUUACGAAUUCUUCAAAGACUUUUCCAAUAUUAACCACACUUGCCCAUAUGACCAUGACCUUGUGCUAGAAAAGAUGUCUUAUUCUAGUGUUUAUAAUCAUUUCACCACUAAACUGCCUUUUCCGGAGGGAAGCUAUAUGCUCGAAAUGCACUGGAUAGCUUACGAUAUUAAACGAGCCAUAACUAAAUUCUAUUGGUCACUUUCAUGA